AUUCUAUCUCUCUUGAAUAUUAGCAAGUAACUACCAUUCACGCUUUAACCAACCAACCAAACCCAGGGGGUGACAAUUCGGUUAUUUCAGUUAUAACCGGUAAUCGAUCGGUCGAUUAUCGGUUAACCGAAAUAACCACCUCCCCUACCGAAAAACCGACCAAAACAGGCUUCGAUUAUCUCGAUUAUCGGUUAACCAAACCACUUUGAAGAUCAAAAACCAUUUCGUCCAGCCUCCGAUAACCGACUAAAGUUCGGUUACCGGUUAGUGGAUGACCGGUCGUUUAUUGGUUUAAUCGGUCGGUUAACCGGUAAUCGAACUACCGCCCCUAACCAAACCCACGCUUCUCCCUCUAUUUCUAUCACAACGCAAAUACCUCCAAAUCCACAGACUCUCUCGUCCUCAAUUGUCCACAUCAAUACCAUAAAAAGAGCAAUCAAAAAUUUAAACUAACCUAUCAACGAACAAAGCUCAGCAACUUACCACAAAAACGAAAGUUCAGAAACAUUUUUUUUUUACGUGGAUUGGGCCCCCGACCCCUCCUGGGCUGGCCCAGUGAUGUGAUUCUAAAACAAUGCGCCGUCCCCAUCCGGCCCACCCGCAUUAACUAAUACCCGCCUUUUUCCCCCCAUUUCCAAUUUUACAUCACCUGUCACUCAAAGCGCAGAUUUUGUCAAUCUUCUUCCUUUUAUGCCCGUUAUCAAAGCAUGUUUGAUGAAGCCAGUGACAGCAACGAGAAAUACCAUAUGAGAGCUUGCAUUCACAGCCACACCAACCAAGAGUUGCAGACAGGAAGAAACGAUGCAGAAGCACGAGUAUCCAACCCGGGUCGUAAAGCGAUUAAACCAUCUUAGUACGACGUAGCCCUUAGUUAGUUAGUUAGUUAGUGAAGUAGGAAAGUGAUGCCACAUAAUUCGAGAUUAACAAAAGCUGAAGAUUAGAAGUAGAGGCAGCUAGGAGUAUGGAUGGCAAUGGGUUGGGUUGGGGCAGGUUUUGUCAAACCCAAACUCAAAUUCAUGAGUUUAUCCGUAAAAAAUUCGAGGUCAAACCCGUUGGGUUUGAAAAACUCAAACCCAACCCAACCCGCUGGGUAUCCAUGGAUUUUUGUGGUAAAAAAUUUACAAUAACAAAUUUCUUUAAAAAAAAAAGUCUAACAACAAUUUUCUCAUAAAAAUUAUCCAUAAAAAAAACACUAAUCUAGAGCAUACAAGCAUACCGCAAAUUAUCAAUACAAAUUGUUCAAAAUUAAAGAUAAAAAUCUAUAAAUAACAUAAUUAAUUGAAAGCUCAUUCCUCGUCAACUAAACUUCUUCACUCUCCACUCCAUAAUAUCAACUUCAUUGUACACAAUUAGAAAGAACAAAUUAGACAUGUCUCCACAAAUAUAAAGAAGAUUAGUUGUUUGAGGAAGAUAUAUUGCUUAGAAUAUUAAAUAACCCGGAAAAUUAAUUAUAUGGAUAAGGGCGGGUACCCAUAGGGCGGGUUUAUCUAAACCCAAACCCAACCCGAUGAAUAGUGUAACGAGUUUAAACCCGAACGCGGCCCAAAAUCCGUCAACACGAGUUUUACCCACGUUGACUGAGUUGGGUCGGGUGGUACCCGUGAGUUCGGAUUUUGUUGUCAUUCCUAGCUCGGAGAGAAUAAAAGGGGAAAAAAGGCUGGACUGGCUUAAACCACGUAACACAGACAAAAGAAAAGGUACAAAGUACUUGUCCGUUGCAGCCUACGAGUCCAUAUAUACCAUUCGAUCUCUUGUUUCUGCAAUUUUUGGGGAAAGGAAAGGUCGCUCACACCAUUCCUUUCACAUAAUACGUAAAUAUAUGCAUACCCAAAAGAAAUCUAGAGGUACAAAAGCAGCCACCACUCGAGUCUGCCCCCCCCCCCCCCCCCUCUUUAUAGCACCCACCACUUCUCAUUAAUGCCCACCUCCCUGUAUUUCCUCGAAUAGUACGGCAUAUUUUUUCUCUCUCAUUCCAACUACCUGACAAUUUGUUUCAAAUUGGGCUUGGCUCGGCUAAGCUCAACUUGUUAAUAAACGAGUUGAACUUGACCUAGAACAAUACUUGUUAACUAAAACUUCGAUUUUGUAUUUGACUCGAGAUGCAGUCAUCAAUGAGCUUGGGGAGCUCUGCUCGAAUUCGACUCGUCAAUUAGCUCGUGAAAUCGGUUGAGUUAUAUCGUCGAGUCCUUUCAUAUCUAAUAGAAGGAGCUAGCUCACGAGUUGUGUCUAGCAAGUAAUCGAGUCUUGCGAUCGGAACACGACUUAUUAACUCAAGAUUAAUAGCUCGUUAGCAAAAGAGUCGAGUGUCCAACGAGUCCCCCCCCCCCCCAUCGGAACGUCGAACCGCUCUUAACCAGUUUGGCUGAUUUGCAGUCCUAGUGCCAAUACGGCCGUACCGCUUGAAAGACGUAACAAAGAUCAUAUUAAUACGUUUCGUCGUAGUUCUCGUUCCAUUUUUGAGUUUUGAGUCGUUGCUCAUUAUGCUAUAUUUGUUUCGAUUUAGAAGCAUAUAGCUCGUAGCACGCUAUCGUAGCACAUUAUCCUUGUAUAAGAGUACCUGAUGCAAAAUGUUGUCCAUCUCCACUUACAUGAACACUCACAACUACUGAAUUAGAUUGAAUCACGAUUCACAUGGAACGCAAAUCAAAUUCGAGAAACACACUCCGCGCUAGUCAACCUAACUCCAAACUAUACGUAUGGUGAUAGUACCCAAAAGUAGUGUUAGUAUUUACUUAUUGCGACUCAUAAUCUUCGCAGAAUCGCAGUAAGUUGUAACAUCUGACUUUUCACUGAUACAAAAAUCUCUUAUGGCGAAGUUAUUGGGUGGCUGGCGCCUGGCGGGCAUGGCGGUGGUGCAAUUUGCAGGAUGGGACUGAGAGACAUAACAAAUCUUUUUUUUUUUUUUCAAAACAAAAAGGAAUAUUAAUAAAAAAAAUAUAUAAAGCGAAAGUCCAGCCUAUUUAUCCAUAUCAGAGUGUAGGCAGGCAGGCAGGCAGGGUUAGGGAGGAACUUCUCAUUGGUCCAGAACCCCUAUAAACAGAAAACAAAAUCCAGCUCCUCCAAAUUUCAAAAUUAUUAUUAUUAUUAUUAUAAAUAAACCCCCAAAACAACAGUAUACAAAAUUUCUGGAUGGGCAAUGAAAAAGGAGGAGCAUCACCAGGAAUCGCCGCCGGACCACCAUCUUAAACUCCAACCCACGGCGGAAGAAGCAGAAUCAAUCAUCGUCCAAGAAGAAGAAGAAGAGCGCGCCAGAUGCGAGUGGGACUUUAACCUCCGCGCCACCGUCUCCUCCUCCUCCUCCUCCACCGUCUCCGACGCCCUCGGCGUCAUCGAAUGCGACCCCUACGACCGCCUCCUCGCCACCGGCGGCAUCGCCCGCAAGAUCCGCCUCUACCCCCUCCACACACUGCUGCCGCCAAUUGACGACUCGGCUCCGCCUCAGCAGCUGGACCACGCGGCGGCGUGCUCCCGCUGCAUCUGCACGCCGGCCAAGCUCAGCAGCCUCCGGUGGCGUCCCCACGCCGGCGGCGCGGUGAUCGGCUGCGGCGACUACGACGGCGUCGUGACGGAGUACGACCUGGAGCGAGGGAUCCCGACCUUCGAGCGCGACGAGCACGGCGGGCGGCGCGUGUGGAGCGUCGACUACUCCAAUUCCCACCCAGCCAUCGGCGCGUCGGGAUCGGACGACGGGACCGCGCAGCUGUGGGACCCGCGGUGCGAGGGCGGGGAGUGUGUGGCUGCGGUGCGGCCCAGCGUUACCGGCUGUGCGGUGUGCUGCGUGGAGUUCGGGAGUGGGGCCGGGUCAGUUCUGGCCGUUGGAUGCGCGGACCGGAGGGUUUACGUGUACGACGCAAGGAUGAUGGUCCACCCGGUGCUUAUCCUGGAAGGGCACGCCAAAACGGUGACGUACGUAAAAUUCCUCGACGAAACGUCGACGCUCGUGUCGUCGGCCAUCGACGGCAGCUUGAAGCUGUGGGAUUUGAAGAGCUCCCAGGCUGCGGCGGUGAGGACGUACCGCGGGCAUUCCAACAGCCGGAAUUUCGUUGGGCUUUCGGUGUGGGCCCGGGGCGGGCUGUUGGGCUGCGGGUCGGAGAAUAACCGGGCGUUUGUGUACGACCGGAGGUGGGGCGAACCGAUUUGGGUGCAUGGGUUCGAGCCGGCGGGCUUUGGGUCUGAGCAGCAGCAGCAGCAUGGCGGCGGGUUCGUGAGUAGCGUGUGCUGGAAGCGAGGCGUGGAGGAUGACGGCGGGGAAUGUUGCACGUUUGUCGCUGGCGGGUCGGACGGGUCGUUGCGAGUGUUUGAAGGGACGAAGAAGACGGCGGGCGACGACGGUCCUGCCGUUACUUUCCGGCGGUAGGUACGUAUAGGGAGAUAUUAAGAUAAUAUAUUGAGAGAGAUCUAUUUUUUUUCCCUCCAUCAAUUUUUUUUUACUCAAUUUGGCGAUUAUUGUUUGACAGUCAUGCAUGUACUUAACGAAUGAUUGCGAUCAAAUGAUUGAAUAGUAAUUUUAAGAGAAUAUAUAUAUAUAUCUGUUAGCAUUUUUCAUGGGUAAUUGUAGUAGUAACCUCCUACUCUUGUUGUAUAGAAAUAUUAAAACAGAGAAUACUCUUUGGCAGUUUGGGAUGAGGGGUACAAAGAAGAGGCAAAUUUGCUAAAAACAAUGGGAAGGAAGAGGUGUGCAUUAUUAGAUUAAUGAUCCUGUCCUGAUAUCCAACGUUCCUGGGCAGUUGGAUCUGAGUCGUCUGUGUCUCUGUACAGUGAUGAUCAUAUGCGUAAAUUAUGCAAAUGAUGAGUUGGGUACCGAUUGCCACUUUCCCCUACUUUAAAGCUCCUGUCGAUCUGCUGUCUCCCCCCACCUUAUCUUUUAAUGAACAAAUUGCCUGGGGACAGUAGGCGGCAGCAGCAGCAGCAGCAGUACCUUUUUCCAAGGUAUUGCAGAGAAGUAGCUAGCUAGACCAGAAAACGACGAUCGAUGAAGCUGGCAGUGAUUUCUCCCACACCCUAUCCAAAUCUUCAUUAUCUGUACUUCUUAUCUAGUUAUCUACAUAGACGAGAUCUCGAUUCUUCAACCAGUUUUUUUCUUUUCUUUUUUUGAUCAAGCUCAAAGCUUUCGGUGCAACUUUCGAAUCAAAAUGCUCCAUCCAUAUAAUAAGCUGAUUAGAGUUUAUCAAUUUAUGUGAUCGUUGAUCGUAACAUUGCAUCAGAACCCGUUACAUAUUUGUUAUAUUAACGAUCCUUUGAAAUUUUCUUUCUUUUUGUUAGUCACAUACGAUAUAUAUCAUGCUCAUCAUAGGAAACUAUUCAGGUUUAUCUCUUGUUGCAAUGUACUUUACAAAUGUAUUGCAAAAGUUUUGGCUAUAAUAGACUGUAUCUAGUGUGUUUACUCAUAUAUCUUGAUUAGUAAAAAUUAGUCUGCUUUUAUAACGAAAAAAAAGAGUUAAAAAAGUGACAAUAUUUUGUUGGCGGCUGAAUUGCUUAAUUGAUAUAAUAAAAAGGUCAUAGCUGCUGAACACAUUCUAUGGUGGUUCUGGUGUUGAUCCAACUGGGGCGGUGACAAGAAUUCAGAGCGUAUUUGAGCUAGCUCAUGCUGGAUAUGCAAUUAAGAAGAUAGAUUUAGUUCGUAUAUACUACGAGCUUAUAACUCGGCCCGUUGGCCGAAAUGUUCAUAUUUGAUUAUUUAUAAUUUUAUGUUAAGUUUAAGUCUAUCAACCUGUUUAAUUUUUUUGAUAAUCUUUUGAAUUAAAUGAUACAUAAAGAAAUAAUAUAUAGGUUGAACACUCGAAGAAAUACCAUCAUCUUUUAAGAAUAUAAAAUAUAAAAAUGUAUCAUUGAUUUCAUUUUCAUUUUCAUAAUGAUAAUAUUAUAUUGGUUAGUUAAUUGUCAAGAAAGAUAGAAUAUAAAAGCUCACUGGAAUUACCACAUGACCCAUAUAUAGUUUGAAACUGAAUCUAAAACCUCACAAUCCUACAUAAAGGCUUUAAUGCUCUUCUUUUAGGAACAACAUGCCACUAAUAAAAAAGAAAUUGAGAGCUGUUGGUUCAAGUCAACUAUAUACUACAAACUAAACUAAAAGGAAACCAUCAAAACUUGAGAGCAAACGACAAAAUUAGGAUUAUCUCCAAUAUACUAAUAGACUUGAU